AUGCUCAAGAAAGGUCAAGAAAUACUCUGGGAUGAACAAGCAUUGCUUAGGCAGGAGAUUGCCAAUGUUUGUAAAGAUAUUAAUGGCCAAGAAAGCCCAGAGCUGACAAUAAAUCUCAGUGGGCCAAUUCCAAGACCAGUACCAAAUAUCAAAGAUAUAACUCUGGUGCAUAUCUACAGAAUAAUGAGCCAUGAUCUUGGAGUUGAACUGGACAAGAAAAACAAGGCAAUCCUCAUAAUUUGUAUACGUCUUGUCUGCAAUGAACUGGACUCCCUUUCUUCUGUGCAAGUUCUAGAAUCAAAUCCAAACUGGACUAUAAUAUCUCAAGAAGACAAGAACUUGGCGUGCAUCAGACAUGCAUGUCUAUUAAGAAAUAGUGGUAUAGACUUUACCAGAUGCCACAAGAACUGGACAUCUGUUGCCAAAGUCAGCCAAUUAUGGAAAAACCAUAAAAAGUGA